AUGGAAAGAUUCUUUAAAAGAAAAUCAGACAUGCUACCACCCCCUGAAGAUAGUGUAAUGUCAAAGAAUAGUCGUGUUCGGGUAGAAAUAAACUUGGCAGAUCUUCCUUCAGAUCCUGGAUUAGGAACAAGAAUUUCAGAUUACGAUCCGAACAUUCGAGAUCAAGUUCGAAGAGAAUAUCUGCAAAGGGGUCCUUGUCAGCCCAGGGAACACAAAUUUCUUCAAACCAAGUGUGGAGCUUCGAAACGAAGGUUUAUAUCUGCUUGGUUCGAUGAUUUUCCUAAUUGGUUGGAAUAUAGUAUAAACAAAGAUUGUGCAUAUUGUUUGUGCUGCUACCUAUUUCAAGCAAAUAUCGGAGAACAAGCAGGUGGUGAUGCAUUUACUAGUGAUGGUUUUCGAAAUUGGAAAAAGAAAGAAAGAUUAUAUGAUCAUGUUGGAGACCAUAAUAGUGCUCAUAAUCAAGCUUUCAAUAAGUGUGAAGCCUUGAUGAAUGAAGGACAACACAUUCGAAAUAUCAUCCACAAGAAUGCUAAGCAAUCCAGAAUAGAUUAUCGAAUUCGACUCACUGCAUCAGUUAAUUGCAUUCGGUUUCUUCUAAGACAAGGCCUUGCAUUCCGGGGCCAUGAUGAGUCAGACAAUUCAAGCAAUCAAGGUAACUUUCUUGAGCUUUUGCAAUUUCUUGCUGAUCAUGAUGAAGAAGUUAGAGCUGUUGCAUUGAAAAAUGCUCCAGAAAACCUCAAAAUGACAUCACCAAUGAUUCAAAAAGCCAUAGUAAAUGCUGCUGCAGUUGAAACCACAAAUGCUAUAGUUAGAGACAUGGAUAAUGCAUUAUUCUCUAUUCUAGUUGAUGAAGCUAGGGAUGUUUCUAUAAAAGAACAGAUGGCUGUUAUCUUUCGUUAUGUGGAUAAGAAUGGUUCUGUGAUUGAACGUUUCAUUGGCAUUGAACAUGUUGCCAAUACCACUGCCAUUACACUUAAAGAAGCUAUAGAUGCAUUGCUUUGUAAACACAGUUUAAGCAUAUCAAGUUUACGUGGUCAGGGUUUCGACGGAGCCAGUAAUAUGAGUGGGGAACUUAAUGGCUUAAAGACACUUAUUUUGAAGGAGAAUUCCUCUGCUUUCUAUGUCCAUUGUUUUGCACAUCAGCUUCAGUUAGCUUUGGUGGCUGUAGCAAAGAAACAUAGCAUUGUAGGUGCCUUCUUCACAUCAGUUGGUCAUGUUGUAAAUAUUGUUGGUGCAUCUUCUAAACGGCGUGAUAUUCUUCGAGAAAAGCAGUCUCUCAAAGUUGUUCAAGCAUUGAAAGUUAGAGAACUUUCAAGUGGAAGAGGCUUAAAUCAAGAAAUUGAGAUUAAGCGUUCAGCCGAUACACGUUGGAGCUCACAUUAUGGUACGCUCAUAAACUUUACUGCCAUGUUCUCUCCCAUAAUUGAUGUGCUAGAUGAAAUUGCAUUUGACAACGUAGGUUCUGAUCAGAAACAUGAUGCAUUUAUUUCAUUGGGGUUAUUGCAAUCUUUUGAUUUCAUAUUUAGUCUGCACUUGAUGAGGAUUGUACUUGGAAUUAGUCAUGAGUUGUCACAAGCCUUGCAAAAAGAUGAUCAAGAUAUAGUAAAUGCAAUGGAUUUAGUGAAAAUUUGCAAGAGAAAAUUGCAAGAUAUGAGGGAUAAUGGAUGGGAUUCUUUACUAGAGCAGGUUGUUGUCUUUUGUGGCAAGGAAAAUAUUAUGGUUCCCAACAUGAGUGAUCAGCAUCUAUGUAAAUGGAAAUCAAAACGCAAAAGUCCAGAAAUCACAAAUCUGCACUUUUAUCGCUUUGAUUUCUUUUGUGCUGUGAUAGAUCUCCAACUUCAAGAGUUAAACAAUCGUUUCAAUGAGGUUAAUACUGAGCUACUCCUUUGUUUGGCAUGUUUACGUCCGAAUCAUUCAUUUUCUGCUUUCAACAAGCAACGUUUGAUGCUUCUUGCUCAAUUUUAUCCGGAUGAUUUUUCUGCAUCAGAUUUGCUAAUACUACAAUCUCAGCUUGAUAUAUAUUUAUAUUGA